AGCCCCGCCCCUUCCCCUCACCCCGGUUUGGCGCCAUGGUCGCCAUGGAGGAGCUGGAGUUGUCGAUGGAGAACGUCGAGGAGCUGGUGAUGGAUGAGAACAGGAUUGUUACCUACAAGAUGCUGAGCCAUUCCCUGGGCAUUCAUGUCAACCAAGCAAAACAGUUGCUUUAUUACUAUGUGGAGAGAAAAAGGAAGGAAAACUCUGGAGCUCAGCUCCAUGUGACUUAUCUUGUGUCUGGAAAAGCAGUAGAAGAUGGAAUUACGUAUCACAAGGUAGCAGUGGUGAGAGAAGACCAGUUGGAAGCAGUGAAGCUGAAGUUGGUGGUGACUGCCAGUGUGCACGUGUACAGUAUUCAGAGAGUGAUGCUAAAGGACAGCAGUCCCCUUUUCAACACGGAUUAUGAGGCUGUGAAGGAAAACCUGUUGAGCAGCAACAAGUAUAGCGCCAUUCAGUGUGCUGUUGCUGUUCCCCGGUCAGCCGAGGAGAUGGCUCAGCUUCAGAAAUCCAUCCAGCAGCCAUCCCGUAGUUCAGCUGAGCCCCCGAACAACAAACCCGUCGUGAACGGCAGCCCACCCGUGCCCAGUAAAAGCGCUGCCCCACAGCCCAAGGGAAUCAUGGCUAUGUUUUCUGCCAAGCCUCCUGCCAAACCGAGCGACAGAGAGGAGAAAGUGGAGCCUGCUGCAGUGAAAGACAGGGAGAAUUCUCCUCCUUCAGGAAGUAAGAUAGCGAACAAAGGAAACAGCUUCAGCCACUUUUUCCAGAAAGCCAGUUCUAAGAAAGGGUCACCACCGUCCAAGUCCAUCAAGGAAGAGGCCUCUACCCCAGAGUGUAGAGAGAAAGCAGAGACCGCUCAGGAUGGAGAGUGCCACGUCGUUGCUUCGCAGGGAGUGAACGAUGAGGAAAUGGCGCCCACAAGUGACACCGCAGCACAAAAAGCACAAGCCAAGGCUCAGACAGGGAGAGUCCGGGCAAGGAAAGUAGGCGAAAGUGGCGACGGACAGAGCAGCAAGAAGACAAAGCGAAGUGCGACACCAGCUGGUGAUGGGGAGGAGCCUCACCACAAGCGGAGACGCAGGAUCAGACAGCCUCUGUCAGACAGCAGUGACGAGGAAGUCAUUCUGGACUCUCCUGAAUCCUGUGAUGCGAAAACGCCAUCACCGAUGCCGGAAGCUCCAAUCACUGAAGAGGAUGUAUCCCCUCCAUGCUUUUCAGAGGUUUCAGUAAAGCCACCAUCUUGGGAAAGUACAGAGGAAACUGAGAAGGCAGUUGGAGUGAAACGCAGGAAGCGGCGCAAAGUUCUCAAAAGCAAUACCUUUGUGAACGAAGAUGGUGAUUUUGUGACAGAGAAGGUUUACCAGAGUGAGUCGUGCACUGACAGCGAAAAUGAGUCUACAACCAAGCCACAGGUGCAGAAACUGCCCGAUGCAAAGAGCGUGGGGGGAAUCAAGGACGAACGCAAGGGGCAGACGGAAAAGAAAGCAGCAGCGCCCAGCAGGGCAGGGAAGCAGGCAUCCAUCAUGGGAUUCUUCAAGAAGGCAGUGUAGUGCUCCAUCUGCUGUCGUGUUGACCUGGAAUGGAGUUCCUACAGACACUACCAGCAGGAGUGCUCAGACAACCAGAGGGUUGACAGUUUGUAAACAUAUACAUUGAAGGUCUCCUCAGGGAAUUUGGGCACAUUGUGUUGGGGAAGGGCAUCCUGGACAUUGACUAUAACUAGAAUCGUAGUUCUGUUACCUUGAACAAGUGUUUCUCUUUGCAUGUUUAAGCGUUAUUUAUCAUUGUCUUCUUCUUAAGCCCAUCACCCCUGCUGGGGUAUAGGCUGUCAACAGCACUCGCCAGAGUCUUCUGAGCUGGGCCAAUGUUUCAAGUUGAUCGCAGGUGAAGCCCAUCUUUGAAGAUCCUUCCUCUCCCAGGAGUGAGAUCUUUGGAGUUUCUGUUAGUGUUUCUGUAGUUCUCGUUUUUUACAGGAUAGGGUUGCUGCUGCUCCUUUUGCAGCUGAGCUUGGGACCAUCCAUGGCAGAGUUAUUGCUUAUUGUGCUGCCUCAUGUUUCUGUUUCGUUCCUUGGUGUCAGCACCUCUGAAGAUCAGUUUUCAAUUGUCUUCAAUUCUGUGCAGCCAUAAUGGGUAAAUCAUGCUCCAAACACUUUCUUGCAUACUGGUGAUAGUUGGGAGAUGUUAAACUUCUGCCAGCUCACCGGCUGGGUCAAUUUUUAUUUAGAUUCAAAGAAUUUGGAAUCUUUUUUGGAAAAGCAAUGCAUAUUUACAGCAAAUGUCAGUCAAAUGAAUAAGCUGUUUGUUACUGUGUAUAGUAUUUGGAGCUUUGCACUGUUGGACGGGGAGAGCGGGUAGGGGAUAUACUGGUUACUGCAGUAUGUGCAAACUUAGAAAAUUUUUACUAGUCCUGAAAAACCGCUGGAACAGGAUUUGGGAAUGCCUCAAAAUGGUUUAAAGGUUCUUCUUGCCCCAAAUUGUUGUAUGAUACCAUUGUAGUCCUUGGAUAUGUCACUCCAGAGUUUGUGAAUGUUCUCUGACAUCCCAGGCAAUUCUGGGUCUUGUCAGUAUGCACUUUCCUCAACUCGUGGACAGCAAGUGGGAGUGUAAAUGAUUAUGUUAAUUAUAAUCAUUUAAUUAUGAAUAUGUCAAUUUCAUUGCUCCCCCACUGUGCUCUACCCCAGCCUAUUUACCUGCUGUAGGUGCAGUGAAGUAAAUUAUCAGUCUGAGCCAGAGUGCAAGAGUUCUACCACUCCAUGGCUGAACCUGGUGACAUUUUUCUUGCCAGUCUGCCAAGCAUCUUUUCAAAUAUUGACACAACUCAGCUGAUUCUGGGUGUCAAUAAGACUUGGUCUGGCACGCUUACUGUGCGAACCUUGAGAAUCUGCCCUUCCACACAAAGCUCUAUGAAUUCCAAUACUAGGAUGGGAGACAAUGCACAGACAUCGAUCAUAGUUUGAGUGGGAACUUCGGUGAGUGGAGGGUGUAUGGUGUUGGUUAAAACAUCCUUGGAUAGGACUUGUGUACUUUGGACAGUGUUCUAUCAUCUAGUCAAUCUUGUCAAAAUUUAUAUAGACCUGUGCAUUUUUACAACCCGUUAGAGACCUUGCCAAGUGAUUUGCCACUUCUUGCAACGUGCUACCUGAUGCCCUGGCCAUAUGAGAAGCCAGUUGUUGUGAGGUUAAUCAAAUGCAGAAAUGCAGACACACUUUCAGAGCUCUGUAUUUGUGUCAGGCUGGAGAAAAGAUGUGGACUUGAUAUGGGGGAGGGAAAAUUUCUGGAUUUGAAUAGCCCUCCUUCCAUCAAAUUUAUUUGGGAAUAAAACAUUUUUAAGAAAAAUAAACAUCUGGUGUGUGAUUUUAAUACACAGCACAGGGAAGAAUAAUAGUAAAUUGGAAACGCAACGGAUUCUGUAGAUGCACCACACACACAAAAUGCUGGAGGAACUCAACAGUUCAGACAGCAUCUGUGAAAAUGGAUAAACAGCUGACUUUUCAGGCUGAAGCCCUUCAGGACUGGAAGGGAAGGGGAUAUCUGGCUUCCUGUUCCUUUCUAGCUUCUGCCUCUAUGUUCUACAUACCUUUGGGACACCACACACUAAAUACUGGAGGAACUUAAAGGGUUAAGAAGCAUCUAUGGAGAGGAAUAAUGGUAAAUUGUUCUAUUAUUUUCACAUGCUAAGUUACAAUGAAAAUUGCGUCUUGCAUAGUGUCCGUACGAAUCACUUAAAUUCAAGUUCAGUUUAUUGUCUCAUAUGUAUACCGCCAAAUGGGGCAACAUUUCUCUGGACCAAGGUGCACAACACAGUACACGCUACUCGCACACAACUCAUACAAUAUUACCACAAAUAGUAAGGUGUAUAUACAAAUUAAAAAGUAGUUUCAUAUGUGAUGAGGCUUUGAUGAUGGCAGGGAGUUCAGUAGUGACAGCUGGGGGAAGAAGCUGUUUUCCAUCCUAAUCGUUCUUCUAAUGCUAUGGUACUUCCUGCCUGAUGGUACGGGUCAAAGAAAUUGUUUGAUAGAUGCAAGGGAUCAUUGAUAAUGCUAAGGCCCUGCAUACACGGCGUUUCUGAUAAAUAAUGGCCGGAAGAGAGAUCCAAAUGACCCUCUCAGCAGUCCUUGGAGUCAGAUGCCUUGUAAUUCCUGUAUUGAGCAUUUGAUGUCAGUGAAAACCUGAAGGAUCCCUCUGGAACAUUUAUUUUGUAAAUAAAAAGUAAAAUUAU